AUGGGUAGACCAGGAUUCUCUCCACGAGGCGGUGGUGGUCGCGGAGGAGGAGGAGGCCGUGGUGGUGGCGGCGGAGAAGGUGGAUUCGGUCGCGGGGGAAGAGGAGGCCGCGGUGGCAGCGGCGGCGGAUUCGGUGGCCGCGGUGGUGCUGGAGUUGGUGGGUUUGGUGGCCGUGGUGGUAGCCGUGGUGGAUUCGGAGGUGGUCGUGGACGUGGUGGUCCCGGAGGCCGUGGACGCGGCGGUCCCGGCGGUCGUGGAGGACGUGGAGGAGGAAAGCCCGGCGGAUUUAGGGGAGGCAAAACGGUCGUUAUCGAACCGCAUCGUCACGAGGGAAUCUUCAUCGCGCGCGGAAAGGAAGACGCACUGGUCACGCUGAACCUGGUGCCGGGAUCGGAAGUGUACGGCGAGAAACGGAUAUCGGUUGAGAAUGAAGGCGAUAAGAAGGAGUACAGAGUGUGGAAUCCCUUCCGAUCGAAGCUGGCAGCUGCCGUGCUGGGAGGUGUCGAUAAAAUUCACAUGCCACCGGGCUCGAAGGUCCUGUAUCUGGGGGCCGCAUCGGGCACAACCGUUUCUCACGUGUCCGACGUCGUCGGCCCGGAGGGAUUGGUGUAUGCGGUCGAAUUUUCGCAUCGUUCCGGGCGCGAUCUGCUGAACGUGGCCAAGAAGCGGACCAACAUCAUACCGAUCAUCGAGGACGCCCGUCACCCGCACAAGUACCGGAUGCUGGUGGGACUGGUGGAUACGAUAUUCGCCGACGUGGCGCAACCGGAUCAAGCCCGUAUCGUAGCGCUCAAUGCACACAACUUCCUCAAGAACGGAGGCCAUUUUGUAAUUUCAAUCAAAGCGUCUUGCGUCGAUUCCACAGCCGUGCCCGAAGCGGUAUUUGCGUCGGAGGUGAAGAAGUUGCAGUCUGAGAAACUAAAGCCCCAGGAACAGAUCACCCUCGAACCGUAUGAACGUGAUCACGCAGUGGUCGUAGGCGUAUACCGACCGCCACCGAAAAGUGCCGCGUAACGGGGUUCCACACAUUUUGGGCCCUUUAUUUAGAGCGUAAGAUUAAUUACUUCUCGUUACACUUUGUGUAUCAACAAACAUUAUUUUUUUCGCAUCAGAUCGAAGAGCUAGAGGUUCGAAUCGGUGUAACAAUGAAGUUUUAUUUUAAACGUUUCAUACUAGAUUACACACA